UGUAAACCCGGAGAAUGAAAUUACAGAUUUAGAAGAGAAGCAGAUAAGAUGACAUCUCUCACAGACGUUGGUUCCCGUAGUUGGUCGUCCCUUCCGCUACCUGUUUCCGGAGGGUCGUUGACGUCAAAGAAUCCUAGGAACCUCAUCACCUAUGCUCCGGCGCAUCGCAAAUGCAAUAGGUGGAGGUUCCGCUGCUCAAUUGCCAAGGAUUCCCCAAUUACUCCUCCUAUUUCAAAUGAGUCCAACUCCCAGUCAUUGCUGGACUGUGUCAUUGUGGGCGCCGGCAUUAGCGGCCUUUGCAUUGCGCAGGCCCUAGCGACCAAACACGCCGCUGUCUCUCCGGAUCUGAUUGUCACCGAGGCACGAGACAGAGUCGGGGGCAAUAUCUCAACGGUUGAAAGGGAUGGGUAUCUCUGGGAAGAAGGUCCUAACAGCUUCCAGCCAUCUGAUGCUAUGCUCACCAUGGUGGUGGAUAGCGGGUUGAAGGAUGAUCUGGUGUUAGGUGACCCAACUGCACCGCGGUUUGUAUUAUGGGGGGGUGAAUUGAAACCAGUUCCCUCCAAACCAGCCGACAUCCCUUUCUUUGACCUCAUGAGCUUUCCUGGAAAAGUCAGAGCCGGUUUUGGUGCUCUUGGAUUCCGUCCUUCACCCCCAGACCGUGAAGAAUCAGUUGAGGAGUUUGUUAGACGCAAUCUUGGAGAUGAAGUUUUCGAACGGUUGAUAGAACCAUUUUGCUCAGGUGUUUAUGCUGGCGAUCCCUCAAAACUUAGUAUGAAAGCAGCAUUUGGAAAGGUCUGGAACCUUGAGCAAAACGGGGGUAGCAUUGUUGGUGGAGCCUUCAAGGCAAUUCGGGACAGAAAUAAUACUGAAAAGCCUCCGCGGGACCCGAGGUUACCCAAACCAAAGGGCCAAACUGUUGGAUCUUUUAGGAAAGGACAAGCAAUGUUGCCUAAAGCAAUCUCAUCCAGGUUGGGUAGCAGAGUGAAAUUGUCUUGGAAGCUCACGAGUAUUUCAAAAUUGGAGAGUAGAGGUUAUAACUUGACAUAUGAAACACCAAACGGAUUUCAAAGUUUGCGGACUAAAACCAUUGUGAUGACUGUUCCUUCCUACGUGGCGAGUGACUUGUUGCGUCCUCUUUCGUUGGGUGCAGCAGAUGAAUUGUCAAAGUUUUAUUAUCCUCCGGUUGCAGCUGUAUCUGUUUCAUAUCCAAAAGAUGCAAUUCGUGCUGACCGUUUGAUUGAUGGUCAACUCAAGGGUUUUGGGCAGUUGCAUCCGCGAAGUCAAGGGGUGGAAACUUUAGGCACGAUCUACAGUUCAUCUCUUUUCCCUAACCGAGCGCCACCUGGAAGGGUUUUGCUCUUGAACUACAUAGGAGGGGCUACAAAUCCUGAAAUCCUAUCAAAGACGGAGGGCCAAAUUGUGGAUGCGGUUGACCGUGACCUACGGAAGAUGCUGAUAAGGCGUGAUGCGGGAGAUCCAUUGACUUUGGGAGUGCGGGUGUGGCCUCGAGCAAUCCCGCAGUUUCUGAUUGGUCAUUAUGACAUUCUAGAUUCUGCAAAAGCUGCUCUGAGCAACGGUGGAUUUCAAGGUAUGUUUCUUGGUGGCAACUAUGUGUCUGGGGUGGCUUUAGGUAAAUGUGUGGAGAGUGCUUAUGAUGUUGCAACUGAGGUAAGUAAUUUUUUGUCACAAGGUGUGUACUACAAGUGAGUAAAAUUUAUCAUUCUUUAUGAUUAUGGGGCAAGUAAUUUUUAUGUUUUGGCAA